GAACAUGCAACUGGUCCAAGAGAGAGAAACCACAAAGUUUCCAGGAACAGACGAUUUCUUCCUUCAUUGACGUGAGAUGCCCGUGGAGACGCGCUCGCCCAGAGACACGUCAACUCUGGGCCGGUUUCCGAGCGUCACCCUCGCGUUCGCCGACGAGGACGAGGAGCCGCCGGAAGAACGAGACGAUGCGCGCCGACGGUGGCUGUGCGGCGCCUGCCUGUGCUGCCGACCCGAGUCCAACGACGACGACCUCAAGGACACGCUGGUCACGGCGGUGGAGGACGAGGGGGCCGGCCAGAGGCCUGCGACGGGAGAUAGCGAGCUCAUCGAGCUGCCCCUCAAUGUGAAAUCUGUAGAUCUGCUGAGAACCAAAACGGCGCAGAAUUGCGUGGAGCACCGUACCGACCUCUACCAAGGCGACGACUUCAUCGUCCGCAGGGGGCAGAAAUUCCACAUGUGGCUUACCUUGUCUCGGCCUUUCGACGCCGAAACGGACAAACUUCACCUCGAACUGAAAACAGGCCCUCUGCCAACAGUGUCGAAGGGAACUCACGUCAUCGUCCCUCUGGUGGAAGUGCCGCAGGAGAACCGCUGGCAGGCCGUGGUGGUGGAGCAGGACGGCGCCAGGAUGAAGCUGUCGGUCGAUUCCCCCGCCGCCGCUGUCGUCGGCCGCUAUCGCCUGCAGGUGGAGACGGAAUACCCGGGCGGCCAGGCCAUCUCGGCGCAUGAGCCCGCUAAUGACGUCCAUGUGCUGUUCAACCCCUGGUGUGAAGACGAUGCAGUGUUCAUGGACGCCGACCAGGAGAGGCAGGAGUACGUCCUCAACGACGUCGGACGCAUCUACUACGGCACGCGGGACCAGAUUGCCGCCCGCACGUGGAACUACGGGCAGUUCGAUGAAGGGAUGCUGGCCGCGUCUCUUUUUGUUUUGGAAAAGAGUGGGACUCCUCCAGCUGGGUGGGGAGACCCUGUUAACGUGGUGCGAGUUGUGUCUGCCAUGAUCAACUCUCGUGACGACCAGGGCGUUGUGAAGGGAAACUGGUCAGGGAACUACGAUGAAGGAACAACUCCCACAGUUUGGAGCGGGAGUAUGGAAAUACUGAGCCAAUACCACAAAAGCGGCGGCGCCCCCGUGAAGUACGGCCAGUGUUGGGUCUUUGCCGGACUCGUCACCACAGUUUUGAGGUGUUUGGGAAUUCCCAGUCGGACCGUGACCAACUACAGCUCAGCCCAUGACACCGACGUCUCCUUGACGACGGACGUGUACCUGGAUGAGAACCUGGAGCCCAUCGCUCAUCUAAAUGCGGACUCUGUCUGGAACUUCCACGUGUGGAACGACUGCUGGAUGGCUCGCCACGACUUGCCCCCGGGUAUGGGAGGGUGGCAAGCGCUCGACGCCACGCCCCAGGAGACCAGCCAGGGCACCUUCCGCUGCGGCCCCGCCUCCCUCGCCGCCGUCCGCAACGGUCAUGUGUUCCUCAAGCACGACUCGCCGUUUGUUUUCGCAGAGGUGAACAGCGAUAAAAUCUACUGGCAGAGGAACCUGGAUGGGACUUUCUCGAAAAUCCACAGUGAGAAGAAGAUAGUCGGCCACCUCAUCAGCACCAAGGCCGUGGGCUCUGAUGAGCGCAGCGAUAUCACGCAUCUUUACAAACACCCUGAAGGCACAGAAGCCGAGCGCAUCGCCGUGGAGACGGCGUGCCGGUACGGCUCCAAGUCGGACGCGUACUCGUCGCCCACGGCGGAAGACGUCAGCAUUGCGGUGGGCAUGGACGGCGACGGUCCGAAAAUGGGGAGGGACGCCGAGUUGACCAUAACGCUGCGAAACAGCAGCCAGGAGCACCGCCAUAUCCUCCUUCACAGCCAGGUGGCGAUCAUGUACUACACUGGAGUCCACAAAGCCACCGUCAGUACAGAGCGCACCGACCUGGACCUGCUGCCCACUGAGGUCAAGGUUUUGGAAUGGACCCUUGAGUACCAAGACUACAAAGACCAGCUGGUGGACCAGGCCGCGCUCAUGCUGACCCUGUCGGGCCGGGUCAGACAGACCCAGCAGGUCCUGGCCACCCAGUUCAGUUUCCGACUCGGGAACCCAGACCUCCUCUUGAAGCCUUUGGGGAAAGCCGUGGUCGGGGAGAAGACGGCGGUGGAGAUCUCCUUCACCAACCCUCUUCCCCAGGUGCUGACGUCGGUGAUAUUCCACGUGGAGGGUCUGGGCCUCGAAAAUGCUCACACCAUUAAAUACGGAAAUAUCGGCCCCCGGGCCGCCGUGUCUCUGACCGAGUACUUCGUGCCCACCCGGCCCGGGCCCAGGAAAUUACUGGCCUCGCUGCACUGCCAGCAGCUCACGCAAGUCCACGGUGUGACGGACAUCACCGUGCAUGAAAGGACCUACGGCGCUCUCUAGGGACUGACGUUUCCUGCAGGAGAGAAACACUAUUUCAAGGUUGUCACCGGACACUAAGAGAGGGGGGGGGAAAGACCCCUCAGGGAAAUGUGAGCUUUGACUUCGGAACAGACUGUAAGUAUAAGCCGGAGUCAAAACCCGAAUAAUUAAAAAAAGUGUAUCUGCUCGUCCUUCACAGGAGGUUUUUUAUGCUUAGACUGUAUUGAUCCACAAGGGAAAUUGUUCCACACAGUAGCUCAGUUUCAAAGGAUGGAAAGGGUAAGGAUGGAAAGGAUAAUGCAGGUAUUAAUUAGACUAAAAAUGUACUAUAGUAGCAAUAUAAAGUAUAACAUAUAUGUAAUAUUUACAUAUUAUAUAUACGGUAUUUAAUAUAUACUGAUAAUAUUUUUAUAUAGUAUAUACAAUAUAUAACAAAUCCCAAUUACAAUGUACAAUGUACAGUAUAUGUAACAGCUGCAGAAAAAAAAAAAAAAAAAGGAGCAGCAUAAAAUAAAGAGUAGAUCUAGCAGAAAAUAUACAUUAUAAACAAAGAGAGGUAGCUAACAUAGAAGCGGUCAGGUAAUAAAUAGACAGAUAUUGCCAAAAGUAUUUGGCCACCUGCCUUGACUCAAAUAUGAACUUGAAGUGCCAUCCCGGUCCUAACCCAUAGGGUUCAACAUGAUGUCGGUCCACAUUUUGCAGCUAUUACAGCUUCAACUUCUCUGGGAAGGCUGUCCACAAGGUUGCGGAGUGUGUUCAUAGGAAUUUUUCCACCAUUCUUCCAAAAGCGCAUUGGUGAGGUCGAGAAGGCCUGGCUCUCAGUCUCCGUUUGUAGUUCAUCCCAAAGGUGUUCUAUCGGGUUCAGGUCAGGACUCUGUGCAGGCCAGUCAAGUUCAUCCACACCAGACUCUGUCAUCCAUGUCUUUACGGACCUUUAUGCACAGGUGGCAUCCUAUGAGAGUUCCACGCCGGAAAUCACUGAGAGCGGCUCAUUCUUUCACAAAUGUUUGUAGAAACAGUCUCCAUGCCUACACGCUUGAUUUUAUACACCUGUGGCCGGGCCAAGUGAUUAGGACACCUGAUUCGGAUCAUUUGGAUGGGUGGCCAAAUACUUUUGGCAUUAUAGUGUAUCAUCUAUUGCUGUAUGGCGAGUGUUUAUACAGCUGAAGGAGUUCUUGAAUGCCCUUCUGCUUAAAAAGUUGCAUAACCAUGACAUCAUAGAAUAUGAUCUUCGUACUCGUGACUUCGUACACUAGUACUGUAAAUUCUUAUUUAUGGAUGUUUUUAUUGUUUAUGCUGUGAGUCAGUUUUCUAACCGUCCAUAACGUUGCUUCAUUCAUCACUCCAAGCAACGUUUGUAAGUGUUACAAUAUAACUAAAACAAUUCAUAGUUACUAAACCACGAGUGUCAAACUCAAGGCCCGGGAGCCAGAUGUGGCCCCUCAAAAGCCUGGAAAUAAUAUGUAUCAAUAAAGUACUGUAGCUUUUCUUACUAAAUGUAUGCUUUCUUUCUAUUUUGGGAGAAAACAAAUAUAUGUACUCCAUGUAAUCGCAAAUUAUGCUAACUUAAAUAUUGUCUAAUUAUGCAAAAAUAUCUGAUCAAACUUUCAAACCAUUUUUUAAAUAUAAAUAAAUAAUAAUAAUGAUUUCAAAGCAAGUUAUCCAUCAAAUUGUGCAAUAUAAAAGUGGCAAUAGAUUUCAUGGUAAAAUGGUGAAAUUGACUGUGGAUUUUAAAGCAUUUUUUUCUAAAUGAAAAAAAAAGUUUUUUUUUUUACUGUAAUAAACUGUGGUGCCGUUUUGGCAUUUACAGUAAUACACCGAAAAAUCGACAGUUUUGCGGUAAAAACAAACAAACUGACCCAAAUUUUACUGUAAAAUUGCUUUUUUUAAAUUUACAGUAAAAAAAACAAAUGUAAAUUUUACUGUAAAAUUGCAGUUGUUUUUAUUUACAGUAAAAAAACUAAUGUAAAUUUUACAGUAAAAUUCUGGCAACUGAGCUGCCUUUUUCUACCAUAAAAACAGCAGUACUGUGUUUCCAUUUACAGUAAUAUACACUACAUUUUGCGGUGAAAUUACUGCAAUUUACCAUAUUUUUUUAUACAUUUCUGUUUUUUUAAAAAUCUAAAAAAUUGUGUCAUAAUAGUAUUCACUGUUAGAAGCGGCCCCCUGGGGCCAAACAUAACUGCGACGUGGCCCUCAGUGAAAACGACUUUGACACCUCUGUACUAAACUGUCCCAUGUGUUUUCAUGCAUAUUUGUAUGUGCUAGCAUCGUUAGCAUUAGCUAAUAUGCUAACACGGUUAAAAGUGUCUGUGUUAGUAUUAUUAACUUACAACGGCAUUCUUUUUGUAUUGUUUCACAAAUUCCUCAGUAAACUUGGCAAAAUGUCA